AUGGCUAAGCAGAAAAUUGUAUUUUUACACCCCGACCUCGGUAUAGGCGGCGCCGAAAGACUGGUUAUCAACGCCGCGAUGGAGCUUUCGCGGCUCGGCUACGAGGUUGUCAUGUACACAACGUUUCAUGAUGUCCAGAGGUGCUUUGAAGAGACACUGAGUGCAGGUACCCGAGCUGCUUGGAUACGAGUUCACGGAGGCUGGAUACCAAGACAGAUAUAUGGUUUAUUCCACGCUCCGUUGGCGUAUUUUCGCACUUUUUGGUGUGCGGCAUGUCUCAUUUUGGUCGAGAAAAAUGUUCCCCUUGUAUUCAUCGACCAAGUGGCUGCACCCAUCUUGCUUUUCCGGCUGCUUACAAGUUCCAGAGUUAUUUUCUACUGUCAUUAUCCAGACUUGCUGCUUGCAGAGCAUAGUUCAUGGUUCAGGAAACUUUAUCGCCUUCCACUGGAUUAUAUCGAGAAAGUCACAACUGGCAUGGCGAGCAAGAUUCUUGUGAACAGCGAAUUUACAGCUGCCGUGUUUGCAAGAACUUUCAAAGAUCUUUACAUCCGUGGGACACGCCCGAGCGUCUUAUAUCCAGCUGUGGAGAGCCGCCAAGAUCAAAACCAACGAAAAAUGAAGUACGCGGCAGAGGCCAAACAAGUAGAAGACAUUCUCAACUUCACUGGAACUUUCUUCCUUUCAAUUAAUCGGUUCGAGAGAAAAAAAAAUCUGGAACUGGCGCUCAAAGCAUUUGCGCACUUCCGACUAAGUCCUCGCAAAUGUGCUGCCGAUAGAGUCAUGCUCGUCUUGGCAGGUGGAUUUGACAAGCGCUUAAAGGAAAAUGUGGAGUACUUCAAGCAACUGAAAAGGGACGCUUAUGAUCUGAGAGUGCACCAGGAGGUCAUCAUGCUGCCAUCGAUUAGCUCAGAAGAAAAGGAAAUGUUGCUCUCUCAGUGCUUAUGUGUCUUGUACACCCCAGUAAAUGAACACUUCGGCAUUGUACCUCUGGAAGCCAUGGCAGCCGGGAAGCCGGUGCUGGCGUGCAACAGUGGUGGACCUGUGGAGACCAUCAUCGAUGGCACGACUGGAUUUGUAUGCUCCCCUCUUCCUGAGGAUUUCUCCUCUGCUAUGGAGAAAAUAUAUUCCAGUCCAAUGGUCGCUGCCCGGAUGGGAAACAUUGGGCGGCAUCACGUCAAGACAAACUUCAGUCUGGAGAAGUUUGGAACGGAGCUACAUUUUCACAUAAACGAUUUGCUAACAAAUGAUGACCACACACCAGAGGACAAUUAAGUACUCGUCAUGUUUCCUUCCCUCCAUGAUACUUGCCGCAGUGCUCUGCAUUCUAGCAGUUUCUCUCGGAUAUGAUCAAGUGAUAAUAACUCGAAAUUUAAGAUGCGCUUUAUCGGCAGGUUGGAAUUGUCUAUCACACUGAAACCGAUCUCAGGACAGGGACUUGAAUUUAAAGACGAGAAAGCAACUUUUUUUUUGAAUAUAUGCCCCAAGAACUUGUGCGGAGUCUCGGUAACAAAUCGAUGGCAUUGAUUCCAUUUGCGCAUAUCGCUUCACAUCCGUUGCCAAUCGAUUCUAGAACUCGCUAGUUCCUGCCACAUCAAAACGACAUCCGAGUAUGUUCUCGCGAUUGUUUAUUCGAUGUUUUUUGGAUGAGAUGCACGAAGAAAUCCUGGAUCGUCGAGCAUGACCAGAGUUUUUUUGAAGGAGCCAACAGAGGUUGUGUGUUUGUCUGUAAAUGAAUUAUUACUCUUCUCUC